UCUCUUGAUCUUUUGCUUCUAUAAGACAACAUUUCUUCUCGGUUGAUAAUAUUUUGAGACGGUUCAACGACAUAGUCGUAUCUACCCUCUCUUCUUACUCAACCCUCUUGACCGGCCGAUCGCGCUUCCGAGCAGCGAUCACCACAGACCGUCAAGACGUUUUCCAAUCUCCUUAACUCCGUUCACCACCCGUACGCCGGAGCCCGCUGCUCUGCUUCGCCCGGAAGCGCAGCGGACUCGCCCUUUACUCAGUAAAGGGUUGCCCUAGAUACCUCGAAAAUACACAUUAAGGCAUACCCGCCAGUAACAAAACGCACGCACCAUGGCACCGCACGCCGAAGCAGACACGGGGCCCACGUACGGGAACGGAAACUCGAACGGCGCCAAUAACUCGGCUUCUUCGCCGUCCAGCGAGCUCUUCACCGUCAGCUCUCCCAACGUGACCUACACCGAGAAGGAGAUCCUAUCCAAGUAUACCUACCGGACUACCAGCGUCACCAAGGAUGCUGCCGGAAAAUACUUAGCCACGCCCAAGGAGACGGUGUACGACUUCAAAGUCGACCGCAAGGUCCCGAAGGUCGGCAUGAUGCUCGUGGGUUGGGGUGGUAACAACGGUACCACCGUGACCGCCGGCAUCAUCGCCAAUCGCCGGGGCCUAGUCUGGGAGACCCGCGAGGGUCCUCGCGCCGCCAACUACUACGGGUCCGUGAUCAUGGGCUCUACGAUGAAGCUCGGCACGGACCCCGUCACCAAGCAGGAAGUCAACAUCCCGUUCCACGACGUCCUCCCCAUGGUCCACCCCAACGACCUCGUCAUCGGCGGUUGGGAUAUCAGCAGCAUGAACCUCGCGGACGCCAUGGACCGCGCCGCCGUGCUCGAACCCACCCUGAAGGCGCAGGUCAGGAAGGAGCUCGCGCAGAUGGUUCCCCUGCCGAGCAUUUACUACCCCGACUUCAUCGCCGCUAACCAGGAGGACCGAGCGGAUAAUCUGAUCCCCGGGAACAAGGCUUCUAUGGCUCACGUCGAGAAGAUCCGCCAGGAUAUCCGCGAUUUUAAGCAGCAGCACGGCCUAGACAAGGUCAUCGUGCAAUGGACCGCGAACACGGAGCGCUACGCGGACAUCCUCCCGGGCGUCAACGACACGGCGGACAACCUGCUGCAAGCGAUCGAGCAAGGGCACGCGGAGGUGUCUCCGUCGACGGUGUUCGCCGUAGCGUGCAUACUCGAGAAGGCGCCCUUCAUCAACGGGUCGCCGCAGAACACGUUCGUGCCCGGGGCCGUCGACCUGGCCGAGAGGCACGGGGCGUUCGUCGGCGGGGACGACUUCAAGUCCGGGCAGACGAAGAUGAAGUCGGCGCUGGUGGACUUCCUGAUCAACGCGGGCAUCAAGCUGACCUCGAUCGCGAGCUACAACCACCUCGGCAACAACGACGGCAAGAACCUCAGCUCCCAGCGCCAGUUCCGGUCCAAGGAGAUCUCCAAGAGUAACGUCGUCGACGACAUGGUCGAGGCCAACUCCGUCCUCUAUAGCAAGGGCGAGCACCCCGAUCACACCGUUGUCAUCAAGUACAUGCCGGCUGUCGGCGACAACAAGCGUGCGCUGGACGAGUAUUAUGCGGAGAUAUUCCUCGGCGGUCAUCAGACUAUUUCCAUCUUCAACGUAUGCGAGGACUCCCUGCUCGCCUCCCCGCUGAUCAUCGACCUCGUCGUCGUGACCGAGAUGAUGACCCGCAUCAGCUGGAAGCUCGCCUCGCAGCCGGCCUCCGAGUUCCGCGGCUUCCACAGCGUCCUCAGCAUCCUGAGCUACAUGCUCAAGGCCCCGCUCACCCCGCCGGGGACCCCCGUCGUCAACGCCCUCGCCAAGCAGCGCAGCGCCCUCACGAAUAUUUUCCGCGCUUGCGUCGGCUUGGAGCCCGAGUCCGACAUGACGCUCGAGCAUAAGCUGUUUUGAUUUUAAGCUGCUUGUGCUGAAUCGGGCUAUCUUAAAACACAAUUUUGAACUUUGGGGAUAAGGGGGUUUGGUCCUGUAACUCGCUUUUAUUCUUCGGUUGUGGUUUCUUCUACCAUAACAUAGCCAUCUAGGGCUCUUUGUUCACGGAUAUAGCUCAACGCUCCGGUCACAUCAUGCACGGGAUUUCAACAUCCUAGUUGCUCAAAAUAAAACAGUUAAGGCUUGAAAUGCAAUAAUACAUCAAUCAGAUCUUGGAUUUGUUCGUCCUCCGAAUUUAUAUGUACAUUUGGUCUCGACCCCGUGAUUUAUCUUGACUCGAG